GAGGCCCUCACGCUUCGUCCCCAUUGUGGCCCUUUCUCUGGCUCUCCGUGCUCUGCACUUCUUCCUCUGUCUGUCUGUCUUGCUCGCCAUCCCUCGCUCUCUCCUCUCACCUCCACUACACUUCUCGCUUACUCUGCGAUGGCCUCGGCCGUGCUUGAUGCUCCUGCUACCACCAAAGUCGAUCAGCUCGAUCGGAUUCGCCUCGAGUUGGCUACGCUCAACCAGAUCAGCGAUAAUGAAAAGCAAGGAUUUCUUAAACUCAUUGGACGAUAUUUGAGUGGGAAGAGUGAAGCGAUUCAAUGGGAGAAUAUCAAGGCUCCAACCGAUGAGGUUGUCGUUCCGUAUGACAAGUUGGCCGAUUUCUCCGAUGAUCCAGUCAAAAUUAAGUCGCUUCUUGACAAGCUUGCAGUGCUUAAGCUCAACGGAGGUCUUGGAACAACAAUGGGAUGCACUGGUCCAAAGUCUGUUAUUGAGGUUCGCAACGGUUUGACAUUUUUGGACCUGAUUGUGAAGCAAAUCGAGAAUCUCAACCACACUUACAACGCCAACGUACCCCUGGUCUUGAUGAACUCAUUCAAUACCCACGAAGAUACUUUACAGAUCGUUGAAAGAUAUGCGGACUCGAAGCUGGAGGUUAUCACUUUCAAUCAGAGCCAGUACCCUCGCGUUGUUGCAGAGGAUAUGGUUCCAUGGCCUGCCAAGGGCAAGACAGACAACGCUGGUUGGUACCCACCCGGUCAUGGUGACGUGUUCCCUUCACUCGCUAACACUGGAAAGCUCGACGAGCUUAUUGCCCAGGGCAAGGAGUACGUGUUUAUUGCCAAUUCUGACAAUUUGGGAGCGAUUGUUGACCUCAAAAUUUUGAACCAUCUGGUCGAGAACCAGAACGAGUAUUGCAUGGAAGUCACACCAAAGACCCUUGCUGAUGUCAAGGGUGGAACUUUGAUCUCUUACGAAGACAGGGUUCAGCUUCUGGAAAUCGCACAGGUUCCUGAUGAGCAUGUGAAUGAGUUCAAGUCAAUCGACAAAUUCAAAAUUUUCAACACCAACAACAUGUGGGUAAAUUUGAAGGCCAUCAAGAGGCUGGUCGAAGCCGAUGCUUUGCAAAUGGAAAUUAUUCCGAACCCCAAGGAAGUAGAUGGCGUGAAAGUUCUUCAGCUGGAAACAGCUGCGGGUGCUGCAAUUCGGUUCUUCGAUAGGGCAAUUGGUGUGAACGUUCCUCGAUCUCGGUUCCUUCCCGUGAAGGCUACAUCAGACUUACUGUUGGUUCAGUCAGAUUUGUAUACAGUGCAAAAUGGUGCAGUUGUGCGCAACCGUGCAAGAACCAUUCCUCAGAAUCCUUCCAUUGAGCUCAGUGGCGAAUUCAAAAAGGUUGGUGAUUUUUUGAAGCGAUUUAAGUCAAUUCCCAGCAUCAUUGAGUUGGACUCUUUAAAAGUUAGCGGAGAUGUAUGGUUCGGCGAAAACAUCGUCUUGAAGGGGAAGGUGAUAGUUGAGGCAGCCAAGGGUGAGAAACUGGUGCUACCUGACGACGCUACCAUCGAGGACAAGGUGGUCAAAGAAUAAAUUGCAUGACGAGAUUAAUACUUGCAUCAACUUAUACUGCCAAGUAAAGCAUCCAGCAGGUUUAAGAGAUUCGAAGCCCAGCACCAAUUGAUCAAUCUGUUUUUGUCUUUCACAUUUCAGGAUUCUAUCUAUGCUGGAGAGUUAUGCACAUAAUAACUUGAUGUUUAGUCUGAUCGGCAUUAUUUAUUUUUAAGUAUUGGUGAGGAUAUGUGGUAGUUGACUAUCUUGAUUUGUAGGCGUUGACCAGGCCUUCAACAUGUCCGCUAGUAUGGAUAAAAGUGCGCUAGCAUGUUUAAAAAAAGUUAUCUUCAAUUUGAGCUCAUGCUUGCUUCUAUUA